AUGAAGGAAAAGGUGGAUUCCCCAGUUACAGUCCUUGAGGACUAUUUCAGGAGCUCAGAUUCAGAAUCAAGUUCUUCCAAAGAGCCUGCAGUGGAUUCUGAAUCUCAAGACCUUUCAAAACCUGCUUCUAGGUGGAAUGCAUUUCUUCAAUUAUUUAGGAGUGGGUCGAAGAAACAGAUGAACACAUUGCACCCUCUCAGUGCCCUCAAGCUCUCCAAAAGAAUGAGCACUAGCAUGAGGGAGACCAUUCUCCCAAGUUGUUUCCUGGAUGCAACUGCAUCCCCUUGCAGGUCACCGUGGAAGAUAUUUACGCAUCACGAGAUUCAGGUUGCGACCAAUUCAUUUAGCCACGAAAAUUUGAUAGGGAAGGGUGGCUAUGCUGAAGUUUACAAAGGGUGUUUGCCAAAUCGUCAGCUAGUGGCAAUUAAACGUUUGACAAGAGGAACAGCUGAUGAAAUCAUAGGGGAUUUCUUAUCAGAACUUGGUGUAAUGGCACACGUAAACCAUCCCAAUACUGCCAAGCUGGUUGGCUAUGGAGUGGAUGGUGGAAUGUAUCUUGUUCUUGAAUUGUCAGAAAAAGGAAGCCUGGCUUCAGUUCUUUAUGGUUCCAAGGAGAAACUAGCAUGGUGUACAAGGCACAAAAUUGCAUUAGGAAUAGCUAAGGGUAUACUCUAUCUUCAUGAGGGUUGUCAAAGAAGAAUUAUCCACAGGGAUAUAAAAGCUGCCAAUAUCUUGCUCACGGAGGACUUUGAGCCUCAGAUUUGUGAUUUCGGGCUAGCAAAAUGGCUGCCAGAAAAUUGGACUCACCACACUGUUUCAAAAUUCGAAGGAACUUUUGGUUACCUAGCACCUGAAUACUUGCUGCAUGGCAUAGUGGAUGAGAAAACGGACAUAUUUGCCUUUGGUGUGUUGCUAUUAGAAUUAGUGAGUGGGCGUCGAGCACUUGAUUAUUCACAGCAAAGCCUUGUGUUGUGGGCAAAACCGUUGCUGAAAAAGAAUGAUAUUGUGGAGCUGAUUGAUCCUUCACUAGCAGGUGACUUCGACUCGAGGCAAAUGAAUCUUAUGCUCUUGGCUGCUUCUCUGUGCAUACAACAGUCCUCGAUUCGUCGCCCCUCUACAAAACAGGUUGUACAGCUUCUGAAUGGCAACCUUAGCUGCUUUAAGGGCAUGAAGAAAACCCGAAUGCCAUUUUUCAGAAGAGUCUUUCGAGAAGAACUCCAUGAUUCUGAAUAG